CAGCGCCUGGUGGCCAUGAACAUGCCCCUCAACUCGGACGGGACCGUCACCUUCAACGCGACGCUCUUCGCUCUGGUCCGCACCUCCCUCAAGAUCAAGACGGAAGGGAACCUGGAUGUGGCCAACAAGGAGCUGCGGGCCGUGGUGAAGAAGAUCUGGAAGAGGACGAAGCCGAAGCUGCUGGACGAGGUCAUCCCCCCGCCUGAGGAGGAGGAGGUCACCGUCGGGAAGUUCUACGCCACCUUCCUGAUCCAGGACUAUUUCCGCAAGUUCCGGCGGCGGAAGGAGCGGGGGAUGCUGGGCGCCAGCGCGGGCCCCAGCAACGAGUGCGCGCUGCAGGCCGGGCUGCAGACGCUGCAGGCGCUGGGCCCUGAGAUGCGCCGGGCCUUGAGUGACCUGGAGGGGGACGAGGGCGGGGACGCCCCUGCGGAGGAGCCUCUCACCUACGCCGCCCCCGAGACGCUGUACGGCUCCGCCCCCGGCUCCCCCCUGCUCUCGGAGCCGCCCCCCGUCCCCAGCCCCGCGCCCACCGAGGGGGAGGACCCCGCGCCCCCCGCCCACGGGGGCGCCCCCCGCCCGGGCGGCAGGCGGCGCUCCGAGCCGGGGGACCAGGACGAGGAAGCCCCCGCCGAGGACGUGGAGGAGCCGGGGGGCGACCCGGGGGACGUCAGCCACGACGAGGAGCUGGAGAGCUCGGCACCGCCCCGGCACCGCUGGGCCGGACACAGGGCACCGGAACCCCCGCGCUGGGCGGCGGAGCUGCCCCGGGGGGGGUCGCUGCCGCUGCCCCCCCGGCACUUCGCGCUCGGCAGCGGCGCUCGCGAGGGGCAACAACUGAAACGGCGCCGGCUGCUGCCCCCCACCCCCGCGGGCCGGAAGCCCUCCUUCACCAUCCAGUGCCUGCGGCGCCAGGGCAGCUGCGAGGACGAGCCCAUCCCCGGUACCUACAACCCAUCGGGCCCGCCCGGCUCCGCCCGGCCGCAGGGCUAUGGCAGCUCCGAGACCUGGCGCCUGGGGGGCUCCUCGCAGGCCUGGGCAGCCCCGGCCCGCGGGCACGUCCUGUACGCGCCGCUGAUCCUGGUGGAGGGGGCUCCGGCGGCGGGGGGCAGCCUGCCCCCCCUCAACCGCUGGUUCCCCCCCGCGCCGCUCCGCCUGCGGCCCUGCGGGCCCCACGACGCCCUGGCCCGAGGCUCGGCCGACAGCCUGGUGGAGGCCGUGCUGAUCUCGGAGGGGCUCGGGCUGUUCGCCCGCGACCCCAAGUUCGUGGCCGUGGCCAAGCGCGAGAUCGCGGACGCGUGCGAUAUGACCAUGGACGAGAUGGAGAGCGCGGCCGCCGACCUGCUGACCCGGCGCCGCGCCCCGCCCGCGCCCGCCGUCUACAGCGACGAGGAACCGCUGCGGCCGCCGGCAGAGGAGGAGCUGGCGGACGAGAUGGGCUGGGCCGGCGGGGUCUAGAACCCGGCACGGGCGGGCCGGGCGGGCCGGCUCCGGAACCCGGCACGGGGGGCUCGGCUCUAGAACCCGGCACGGGCGGGCCGGCUCUAGAACCCGGCACAGCGGGACC